AUGGCCGAGCAGGAAUUGGCUCUCAUCAACAAAGUAGAGCUUCGAAUCGCUUUAGCAUCAGACGACAGCCAGUUUGAAUCAGCUCUCCUGUUGUAUUUGGCCCCAAUUUUGUUAAAACUCGCCAGCCCUCAUGCAGAAGUACGAAAGGCAAUAUUGAAGGUGAUUCAGCAUCUCAUUCCCAGGAUCUCUGCCGCCAGAACCAUAAAGUUGCCUGUAGGAACGUUGAUAGACCAGGUGAAAAAUCCCAAAGUUGCAGCCAAUACCGAUCUGGCUUCAGUGAGAUUGUACUCGUUGUUGUUCAUCUCGCGGUCUGUAGAGCGUCUUAAUGCAGAAGAACGCAAGCAACUUAUUCCCCAGAUCGUUGCUGGUAUAAGCACCUUUCCCAGUCUGGUCUCUGCUCGUCUUUUUAAUGUGUUGUGUAAACUUUUGGAAACAUGGAAAUCUCCUGCUAGAGAUACAGAAGAAUUCAACAAAAUGAAUGAAUUUCUUCUGUUCGACAAACUGCCGGAAGAUGAGAAGUUUUUAGCAGAUAAGAUCGCAAAAUUCUUGAUGUUGCAGCCAUCGUCUGCCACUGGUAUUCCUACGCCUGGCUUGGGACAGAAUGAUGUCAAUUUUUUCAAUCUUGAAUCAGGCGUAGUCUACAAGACUCAACAGGAAAUAUUCAAUGUUAAGACGUAUCUACUUGAAUUUCUUAAGGCUGGUUUUACAGAAAGUUCGCUAGCAAUUCCUCUUAUGGUUGCGUCUGUAGACAAUUCUUCCGCGAUUAACGAUUCAUCAGAAAUUCUUUUCCGCAAGUUGACGCUUGAUCUUGAGGAUAAAGCGUUCGUGGACACCCUUGUUGAAAUGUUUGUAGGUUCUGAAGGCAUUCCACCAGUGAAAUCUACUCUUCAAGAGAGAAUCUUACAAGUCCUCAUCAAGAGCAAGAUAGCAUGUACCAAUCCUCAGAUCUCCAAGAUCGCCAAUCUUGGUUUGGCAUCUGACUAUUUGCGAUUAAAACAGAUAACAGUUCAGUUUAUUAAUUGGAUAAGUAGUAACAAUAGCGAGUUUGCGUCUUCUGAAGCUAAUGUGUUGAAGGAUUUUAAUAUUGCAAUGGCUGCUCAGUUGCGCGAAAGUUUGCUUGUAGAAGGUUGGCCCCAAAUGGAUAUGACCAAUGUCAAGAACUACAGUUCUAGUUUGAACCAAAGAACAUUGCAGUAUGAAGCUCUUGGCAGAAUACUUAGGACUAAUCCAGAAUUGUUCAUACAAGAUAUUGCCUAUAUCGAGUUUCUCUUUCAGUCUCUAGAAGGUGAGACUCCUGAUCUUCGCGCAACAAUUCAGGACGCGUUGUCUAGUUUGACAGUCCAUUUGCCUCAACUCGGGGAAGACUCGAAGCGUAGAUUGAAACAGCUAACAAGAGGUUAUUUGUUGCAGAACAAGGCAGAAAACACCGAAAAUAUUCAUCCAUGUCGCUAUGUUUCCAUCAAGUACAUCAAUAGUGCAUUCCCCUUCGAUGACUCUGAAGCUAGAUACUUGUGUAUUUUGGGAACAGCAAAGGUGAAUAGAUCAGAUACAAUUGAGGAAGCUAGGAGAGGAUUGCAUCCACAUUGGUUCAAUAUUUUACAGUCGUCAAACACUUUGGAAUUUAAGUCAACUUCUGAUCUUUUAGGUGAAAAUUCCUCUGUUAGCUUCCCAACUUUUGUAGAUUUUGUUGCAACCCUUAAUAGGGAAAUUGAGUCUUCCAAGGACAAGGAAGGUGCUCUCAUAUUCCAAUCGCUUGCCCGUGCCAUUAAGUUUGCUUUACAGAUUCUCGUAAUGGAAGCUGUUAUGGGAGUAAGUACCGUAAUUGUUCCUGAUCAGGAGUGGUCCGUAAGAUUGGACAAGGCGCUUGAAGUGGACAAAGUCGUUCAGGACCUUGUUAUUCAAAAGAUAGACGAUUUGUCGCAUAAAGAAAUAGAUAUGGAUACUGGUGUUGAAGUAGAUAAUGCGUUCAUUGUUUAUACAUCGAUUUGUUCCUUAGCAUUUCAUGGUCAAUAUUUCGACUCCACCCACAUCAGUCCUGAUAUUUCCUAUGUUGACAUUUAUACCAAGUUGGUUUCAUUGUCUCCGCCUUCAGUGAUUCAGAAGUUGCAACCAGAUGUCAAGAAGCUCUUGGAGCUUUUGGAUGGUAAGGUUAUCAACGAUCAUGCCAUGGCUCAAGUUUGUAAGUCCUUGGGAAUCAUUGCCAGUCAUCCCGUCAACAGCGACCAAGAGGUAUUGAACUUGCUUGAAAAAUUGGCAGUUAAAGAUGUACCUGUUUACUUGAUCAAGGGAAGGUUGCUAUCAACAAGUUACAUAAUUGGAAGACUUUAUUUGAGACAAAGAGUGGCGAUUGUCACUACAGAAUUCUUCAAAACUUUGUGUGAAGAUUUGCUCAAGUAUAUUGGUGACACUGGUUUCUACAGUAUAGUGUUAGAUUCUCUUGCUCAAUUGUCGAUUUUUGGUGUAUUUGGGCCAGCUCUCAACUCUGAAUUGACUGGCUAUGUAUUCAAAUUCUUGGAAUUCAUCAUUCCUAAAGUCAAAAAGAUUGACGAGAAAUCCGUUCUCACACUUGCAUUUUUGUCUCUUUCGUUGAAGCGUAAAGAUAUUGAUGUGGAUGAAGAACUUAGUGAGUACGAGAAAGCCGUAUACGAAACUCACAUAUCAAAGCAAGUAGAAUACACUUUCACGAGUGGUGAAGCAUUGCUGGUGAUGGUAACUGGAUGGCAAUCAAAGUUUUUACAAAGAGAACUUGAUAUUCAAGGCGAAGGGAUCAAAUUUGUUCCAGAAGACAUUAGUCGUCUUCCAUUCUUGUUAAAUGUAGUCUUGAAAGCAUGUGCUAAUACCAAGCCUUCGUUGAGAAAAGCUGGUUGUAUUUGGCUCUUAUCACUAGUACAAUACUGCGGCCAUUUGGAAGCAGUAAGGUCCAAGGCGUCAGAGAUUCAUGUUACGUUCAUGAGAUUCUUGGCUGAUAGAGACGAGUUGGUUCAAGAAUCUGCUUCUCGUGGCUUAAGUAUCUUCUAUGAAAUGGUUGAUUCAGAUUUGAAGGAUACAUUAGUUCGUGGUUUAUUGAAAUCGUUUGCUGAUUCUGAUUCAACAGCCAAAUUCACUUCAGGAACCGUGGAACAUGACACUGAGUUGUUUGAACCAGACUUAUUGAAAACAAACGACGGCUCUGUUUCUACAUAUAGAGAUGUGUUGAGUCUUGCAUCCGAUGUUGGAGAUCCUAGUCUUGUUUACAAGUUCAUGUCUCUCGCGAAAUCUUCUGCCCUUUGGUCUUCCCGUAAAGGAAUGGCUUUCGGUUUAGGUUCAAUUCUUUCCAAAUCAUCAUUGGACAAUUUGUUGGCAUCUAACAAAAACUUGGCAGACAAGUUAAUUCCAAAGUUGUACAGAUAUAAAUACGACCCUAAUUUGUCUGUUCAAAAGUCGAUGAACGAUAUUUGGAAUGCUUUGGUCAAAGAUACUCUGAAGACGAUCAAAGAUAACUUUGAAACCAUCCUAAGAGAAUUGUUGAAAAGUAUGGGAAAUAAGGAAUGGAGAGUUAGACAAGCAAGUACUGCUGCUUUGAACGAUCUUCUUCAGAUUGUACCUGUCGAAAAGUACGAAUCUAAUAUGGAAGAUAUCUGGAACAUGAGUUUCAGAGUUAUGGAUGAUAUUAAGGAAACUGUAAGAAAAGAAGGAAAUAAGUUGACCAAAUCGCUUGCAACGACAUUGACAAGAAUGAUCGACGCAAAAAAUGGAGUAGCAACACAAACUCAAGCAACAGAGAUCCUUGAAAGCUUGUUGCCCUUUUUGUUGGAAAAUAAGGGGUUACUUAGUGAUUCUGAGGACGUCAGAAAUUUUGCAUUGGAGACUAUUUUGAAGCUAUGCAAAGUUGGAGGAGCUCCAAUUAGGCCUUUUAUUCCAAAGUUGAUUGAGAACUUCAUUAAUUUGAUGUCCACCUUGGAACCUGAAGUUAUCAACUACUUGAUUCUUAAUGCUGAUAAGUACAACAUUAAGAGUAAUGAUAUCGAUGCCAAGAGAUUACAGAGUUUAGGAAGCUCUCCAAUGAUGGACGCAAUUGAAAAACUCAUUGACGGACUUGACAACUCUUUAAUGGAAGACUUCAUUGUUAGACUUGAGUCUUCAAUAAAGGGAUCGGUUGGGUUACCAUCUAAAGUUUGUGGCUCGAGAGUUCUUGUAACUUUGGUUACCAAGCACUUAGAAUUAGUAAAGCCAUAUGGUGAUAAAUUGUUGAAGAUCUCUUCAAAUCAAGUGAGAAACAAAAAUGAUACCAUUGCUUCUUCAUAUGCAACUGCAACUGGGUACUUAUGUAGGAUUGCAACUAUACCAUCCAUUAUUUCUUAUUCCAAACAAAUUAAGGAGUGGUACUUCGAGAGUGAAGAUGAAACUUUUAGAGAAAGAGCUUCUGUUGCUAGUGAAAGUGUUUCGAAGUAUUCGGGAGAUAAGUUUGAGCAAGUGGCUAGCGCAUUUUUGCCUUUAGCCUUUAUUGGAAAGUAUGAUUCCAAUAAAAUUGUGAGAAAGACUUUUGAAAGAGAAUGGAUUGAAAAUACGAGUGGUAGUAGCACCUCCAUUAAAUUGUAUUUGACAGAAAUUCUUGAAUUCUUCAAGAUUUACAUUAAUUCCAACAGGUUUGAAAUCAGAAAGAUCUUAGCUAGAUCGAUUUCAAAUUUAAGUAAUUCAAUUGACAAUAUAUCACAAUUCUCAGAAGAAGCCACGAAGGAAUUAAUUGAAUUACUAGUUGAAUCCAACAAAGGAAAGUCAUGGGAGGGAAAGGAAUUGGUGUUGGAGUCAUUGGUAUCGUUCUCCAUAAAGGCAGAAAGCUAUUUGAAGAAGAAUGCAGUAUUUUUGGAGAAGCUUUCAAAGGUUGUUACGACAGAAGCAAAGAGAAAAAACAAAGAAUAUCAACAGCAUGCCAUUAAAUUAAUGGGUAGAUAUAUUCAUAUCUACCAUGAAGAUGAGGAAUUGGUCGAGACAUACAUCCAAAUUAUGUCUAAUGUCUUGAAUGAUAAAUAUUUCGGCCCUAAUGGAUUCAGAGAUGAUGACGAUUCAGAUGAUGAAGAUGCUAUGGAUGUCGAUUUGAAAUCGAAAAUCAAUGUGAAACAGAACGUUGAAUUAGAGGAACGUAAGUUGUCUUUCCUUAAGAACUUGUUUGAGACUUUCUACGUGGAUCUGGAUAAUAAAUAUAGCAGCGAAUUGUUGUUCUUUAUAUUCGAGCAGACAACAGCUAUUUUUCAUUCAAAGUUGAUCGAUUUCACCUGGAGGUCGAAACAGCAGACAUGCGAAGGAUUGAAUAAAAUUCUCUUGACAUCAAAAUCGUCCCUAAAUCCCAAAGAAUGCAAAGAAGUUUUCAGUGUUUGGAAACUUCUCGGUGAUAAAUGCUUGAGCUUGGAAAAUAUCGAGAAUGUAAAGGUUCAAUUUAUCAGAUUGUCGAGUACUUUAAUUUCUCAAUUUGAGGAUGUAAACGAAGUUGAAAAAGUAGGAGCCAUCAAAGAUGAAUUGAUUCAAUACAAACACCAAGAAACUUCUACAGUUGUCCAGACUGAACUUUCCAAAAUAGUAUAGUAUUUAAACAUUUCUAAUAAGAUCGACACUAU